GUGACAAUGCGGAAGUACAUCCACAACAGCAUGAGCGGGAUCUGAACACUUUUUGCAACGAUGAUCCGCACUUUACUAGUGUUUUUGGCGCUUAUUUGUGCGCACUCUGGGCUCUGUCUGGAGGCUUCGUGCGGGGCAGAGGCACAAAGUCAAACUCGGGAGGAAGCAUCGAGCUGCGGCUGUGGAAACCUGAAAAGAGCCGCUCAUCUGGAGCCUGGUCUGGAGGAGAGUGAGGAGCCAGAGGACAAAUAUUCUGCAAAUGUGAACGAAAAUCUGACAGAAGAGCCCGAAACUGAAAAGAAAAGCAGUGAGAUGGUGCUGGUUCCUGGAGGGGAGUUUCUCAUGGGCACAGACAGCCCGGGGGUCCCUGCAGACGGCGAGGGGCCUCAGAGACUCGUCCACAUCGACCCCUUUUUCAUGGACGUCCAGGAGGUCACCAACCGACAGUUCCAGAGCUUUGUCAAUGCUACGGGAUACGUUACUGAGGCAGAGAAGUUUGGAGAUUCGUUCGUCUUUGAGGGAAUUCUGAGCGAGGCUGUAAAGCAUGAAAUAAGCCAAGCAGUGGCUGCUGCCCCCUGGUGGCUCCCGGUGAAAGGGGCCAAUUGGAGACGUCCUGAAGGGAAAGACUCAAACAUUAUAGACAGGCUGGAUCACCCCGUUCUGCACGUGUCCUGGGAUGAUGCUGUGGCGUACUGCUCCUGGCUCCACAAGAGGCUCCCCACUGAGGCCGAGUGGGAGUUCGCCUGCAGAGGAGGACUCAAGGACAGGCUGUAUCCAUGGGGCAACAAGCUGACCCCAAAAGGACAACACUACGCAAACCUGUGGCAGGGGCAGUUUCCAUCUGAGAACACCGGAGAGGACGGAUUUGUCAAAACAUCUCCAGUGAUGUCUUUUCCUCCUAAUGGUUUCGGGCUGUACGACAUGGUUGGAAACGCCUGGGAGUGGACGUCCGACUGGUGGACCGUCCAUCACACCACAGACCGACAAAGCAACCCUACUGGUCCUGCAUCAGGCUCAGACAAAGUGAAGAAGGGAGGAUCCUACAUGUGUCACAAGUCGUACUGUUACAGAUACAGAUGUGCAGCCAGAAGUCAGAACACUCCAGACAGCUCCUCUUCAAAUCUGGGCUUUCGCUGUGUGUCCCAGGACCAAUUGUGACCUUUAACCUCUGACCCCUGCAGCUGUGAAUACUGUUUACAAAAUACUGUCCAGCAGCAAACCCCGGGACUAAGAUGGAGACUUGUACAUUUAAAAGACAAUAAAAUAUAUAUUUUUUAUUUAUUUUUAAAGGGCUCUAGUUUGGAAAAUGCCUUUGACCCACACACAGAUUAUACGACAGCUAUUUGCGAAAAAAAAAAAAAGAAAAGACAUACUGUAUCCAUUUCUGUCUCCAUGGAGAUGUUAUUGCUUUGUCUGGAAUGUUCCACAGUACAGCACUAAACGUAUCCAUCUUUCAUUUAUUCAUUUACUCGUGUUUGCAAUGCACAAAAAAAAAAACACCUUGAAAAACUGUGAAUGAGUAUCGCCUCUCCGUAGAUUUGACCUGUCACUUGGCCUGUUGGUGUUACCUGCUUGUUAUACGUUUAAUUCCCUACUGUGGAACAUAACAUCUCCAUGGAGACGAGACUUUCUGCCAGAAGAGUGACACAGUGUACCUUUUUUAUACCGCAUUGAUUAAUUUGCUGUAAUUUCAGAUUCAGGUGAAGCCAUAGCGAUUAACAAUUCAAAACACAAGAUUAUACCAUUUGAUUAGUAAAAAAAAAAAUCUAUUCAUGAACGUGGCACAUUUUAAGAAACAUGUUGCGUGAGAACCAUAUGGACACAACAGCGAGGAACAAGCUUUUUAAUCCAAACAGAUGCUUUUUGAUGAGAACCAUAUGUAAACAACCAUCUGACACUGACUCUAUUCUAAGCCCCAUUUCCACCAGCACCACUCUACUCCGCUCUACUCCGCUCUACUCAGCCCCUCGUAUAUUUAAUGAUACUGUUUCCAUGGAAAUGGCUCACAACAAAGCGACGUCCAGUGCUUCAACCAAUCAGGGACCAGCAGUAUUUUUAAAACCUGCCUCUGGUUAAUAAUUCCUCACCUCCAAACUGAGCGGUGCUGCUGGAAAUGGGCCUUUAGAUGGUUGUUUUUGUGAUAAGGUUCGACAGAGAGAAGAGAUCGAGGUCAGGACGCACCGAUACCGAUACUUGACUAUUUUGAUGGAUCAGAUAUCAGUCCCAAGAUAUCGGUCCAGUCGAUAUCCCAUUUUGGUUUAUAAAUCAGUGUAAUAAGACGUUUUACUUAACAAUACUGGCCCAAACACCGUUGUAAUAGUAAAGUGGUAUUUUUUCAAAGCUGUUGUGUAAUUACUUUAUAUGAUAAUCGUAUCCACAUUGGUAUUGGAACAAAACAAAACAGGAUUGGCGCAGUAUUCAAGUCAUUGU